AUGUUGUUGUCUCGUCGUGCCUGUUACAAGUGUGGCAACAUCGGCCACUAUGCUGAGGUUUGCUCGUCUUCCGAACGCCUUUGCUAUAACUGCAAGCAGCCCGGACACGAAUCAAACGGUUGUCCACGACCUCGUACUACUGAAACGAAACAGUGCUAUCACUGCCAGGGCCUUGGACACGUCCAGGCUGAUUGCCCUACCCUGCGAUUGAACGGAGGAGCGACAAGUGGCCGUUGUUACAACUGCAAUCUUCCUGGUCAUUUAGCCCGGAAUUGCCACAAUGCCGGAAUGCAAGGCGCUCCGCGCAACGUAGGCGGUGCUCGCGGAGGCUUCAAUGCACCCUUCCGUGGUGGUUACGGAGGGUACCCAAGAGCGGCAACCUGCUACAAAUGCGGCGGGCCGAAUCACUUCGCGCGAGAUUGCCAGGCCCAAGCCAUGAAAUGCUAUGCUUGCGGUAAAUUGGGACAUAUCUCGCGAGAUUGUACCGCUCCCAACGGUGGACCUUUGAGCUCGGCAGGCAAGGUUUGCUACAAGUGCUCUCAGGCCGGCCACAUUUCCCGGGAUUGUCCCACCAAUAAUACCGCUAAUACUACUACCGAGACUAAUACUCAGCCUACAGCCGAGACAACAGCUCCCGCUCCACCAGCAACAGAAACUACCACUGAGGCUCCUCAGGCUCCAGCCGCUGCCACGACUCCAGCAGUGGCAUAG